AGACUAAAUGGCUUCCAGAUCAGAGAAGGAUCUCUGCUGCCCAAUCUGUCAUGACGUCUUUAGAGAUCCUGUUCUUCUGUCAUGUAGCCACAGCUUCUGUAAAGACUGUCUGCAGAGCUGGUGGACAGAGAAAUUAACACAGGAGUGUCCAGUUUGUAAGAAAAAGGUUUUGUCUGAACCCCAUGUUAGUCUGGUGUUGAAGAACCUGUGUGAGUCCUUCUUACAGGAGAGAGAUCAGAGAGCUUCAGAGGCUCUCUGCAGUCUGCACUCUGAGAAACUCAAACUCUUCUGUCUGGACCAUCAGCAGCCAGUGUGUCUCGUCUGCAGAGAUUCAGAAAAACACUCCAGUCACAGAUUCAGACCCAUUGAUGAAGCUGCACGACAACACAAGAAGAAACUUCAGGAAACUCUGGAGUCCUUAAAGGAGAAGUUAUGGGAUUUUGAACAAGUUAAAGUGGAGUGUGAUCAAAUAGCAAAACACAUCAAGGUCCAGGCCCGACACACAGAGAGAAAGAUUAAGGAUCAGUUUAAGAAGCUUCGCCAGUUUCUAGAAGAGGAAGAGGAGGCCAGGAUGGCUGCACUGAGGGAGGAAGAGGAGCAGAAGAGUCAGAGGAUGAAGGAGAAGAUGGAGGCUCUGAGCAGAGAGAUAGCAGCUCUUUCAGACACAGUCAGAGCCACAGAGGAGCAGCUGAGAGCUGAAGACGUCUCAUUCCUGAUCAACUACAAGGCUGCAGUGGAAAGAGUCCAGCAGAGCCCCCUGCUGGAUGAUCCACAGCUGCUCUCAGGAGCUCUGAUAGAUGAGGCCAAACACCUGGGCAACCUGAGCUUCAACAUCUGGAACAAGAUGAAGGACAUGGUCUCCUACACUCCUGUUAUUCUGGACCCAAACACUGCUCAUCCAAGACUCAUCCUGUCUGAAGAUCUGACCAGUGUGAUACCAGGAGAGAAACAGCAACUUCCUGAUAAUCCAGAGAGGUUUGACUAUUGUUUGCUGGGCUCUGAGGGCUUUAACUCAGGGACUCACAGCUGGGAUGUCGAGGUUGGAGACGGUCCAAUCUGGGCUCUGGGUGUGUUUGCAGAGUCUGUCCAGAGAAAGGGACUCAUAACGUCUGGAUUUUGUUGCAUAGAGUUUGAUAAAGGUAAAUACGCAGCACGAUCUGCAUUAGAUAUGUGCACUGAUCUCAUAGUGCAAAAGAAGCUCCAGAGGAUCAGAGUGACUCUGGACUGGAACAGAGGAAAGCUGUCGUUUUCUGAUCUUGAUACAGACACACACAUACACACCUUCACACACACUUACACUCAGAGGAUGUUUCCAUUCAUUGGCACUGUGGAUAAACUGAAGAUAUUACCAGUGAAGGUCUGUGUGACAGUGGAACAGAGCAGUUAGGGCUGAACGAUAUGACCUAAAAUCUAAAUCACGGUUAUUUGAACAUUUUACCUCGAUUACAACUAACGAACGAUUUCUAUUAUUUUUGUCCUCAUAGUAGAAUACAUUUUGAAUAUUUCCAUAUAAAAAGUAAAACACUUAAAAAGACUUUCACCCAGGAAAUGAGUGUUUGUCUCCCGAGAGUACUCUGCUGUUUUAACCUAAACCAUAAUCUUUUUCCUAAACUUAACUAGUCGUUUUGGUGUCUAAAAGCAACUGUUGUUUUUGUCGGCUAUACUCAACUGUAACAGAUUCAUCGUCCAGCCCUAAAGCAGUGGAACAGUUAGAGAUAAAGAGGAUGAUUAAAUUCAUGAUGUUUUUUCUUAAAAGGAAAAGUUAAAGAAUUGAACUACUUAAUCAGCAACUGUCCUCCUGCUGUCUCAUUAUAACAAAGAUAUUUUUGUUGCACAUACUGUUUUUAUUUUCUUUUUAGUUUGACAGUUUGACAAUACAGUUUGAUUAUUGUUUCUAUAUUUUCAAAUAUUUCAUGUAGUUUCUCCUCUUUACGUUUGGUUCUUUUCUUUUAAAUUAAUACUGUUUCACUUUUAAUUGUCAUUCUUUUUUCCACCGUGUGCGUCUGCGCUGCGUUCUGGAGGCGCCACGACCCCCGUUAGCAAUCACAGCCAUUUAGGUCAAUGUUUGAUAUUCUAGAACAGCAAGAGUAUCCAGUCAAUUUACCAAAAGAUGACCCCCCCCACACACACACACACACACACAGACACACACACACACACACACACACAUACAUAAUAGACAUCACAGAACCUUUUUUUAAGGACGAUGCUAGAAAAGAGAAGACAUGGAGUUUAACUGCAGGAGUGCUUGGAGUGGAAGGUAGAUACUACUUAAUAAACACGGGAUUGUUCUGUAAAAUACAAUCUGUGAGUCGGGCAGGAAGACGCUCCUCUUCUGAGACGCUCCUGGUGUGGUAUGGCGCGUGUCGGAGGAUUGUACAAAACCGCUGCACAGCCAGUACAGACGCGCAUGGUGGAAAAUAAGAUUUAUUAUUAUGACGUGUGUGGAGCGAUGAAGGCCAGUACACACUUUGUGGAAGCUGAUUUGAUGAUAAAAAAAGAGAAGUAAUCAAUGUAUCAAAAAAUCAGUUUGAGUGGCUUUUUAUUGUUCAGAUUUAACUACCUUUGUUUUAAAUUGUAGUCCAGAUUAUAAAG